AUGAUAUCCGUGGUCCUUGUCCCGGCCUCAAUGUCCUCGCCAACUACGGAUAUUAUGAUAGGCGUACAAUGUAAAAUCUCCAUGAUUCUCAAAUCAUUAAGGCUAAUGAUUACGAGGUCCGGUGUCGUUAGUUCCCCGGAAGGAGCAAUAGGUCCCAACGAGGCCUACGGACUUGCGCUCAGGCUUGGGGGCCUAUUACCUGAUGGAGAUGUUACAACACUCCGGACCGAUACCUUCAAGGCUCUCUACGAUCUUGCCAACGAUGACGGUGUUCCAAACUACAACUUGGAUGUGCUAACCAAACACCGUCAAUACACUCUUAACCUUUCGAAGGAGAACAAUCCGUACUUUUUCUCGGUGCUGUUCGCUGGAGUUGCAGUCUCCAACGCGGUGCAUACAUUCAUUCUCACUCCGAGGAACACCCCUACGGCAUCCUGGAUAAAGAAACCCUCAAAUCAUUUCUUCUCUAUCAAGGAGGAUGAGAAUGGCACGUUGAUCUAUAUUCCAGGCUACGACACACCUGGUAACAUUACCGGCGGUGCAUACAACAUCUUCGGCUUGCUCAACCCUAAGGGGCGCUCAUGCUUUUUCUACCAACUCAUUCUCGCUGUCGUGUCAGAUUUUCUGAGGAGCCGCUUGCUCAGAGACGUCCUCGGUCCGGCUUUGAAUCUGCUGUCCGACAAGUUGAAUCAAUUUAUUGACCCGGAACGUGCAAAGAUUGGCAAGUUUGAUCUUAAAACCAACAUCAACGACAGUUUCGCUGCCCAAUUUCCUGGCGUUACCCUUGCAAACCAGUAA